UUCGAAGCGCGAGAAAAGGCGCAACUUUAAAUAUUUUUAGUGUAAUGAAUGAUUUGAUUUGCAAUGGGCCGAAUUAUUUCUGUUUGUACUAUACAUAGCGUCGCGCACAGUGUAGCAAACUUAGCGCCUCGGAAAAAUGGCGGACUGCUCGUAUUCGCGAUGUAUCCAACAGAAGCGAUAUAUUAGAAGAGAGCUACAAAGAUGGACAAAAAAUAUGGUGUAUAUAGUGGGGCUGGAAAGGAUCGCUGAAGAGUUGAUGGGUCGAAGGAAAUGGAAACUGUAUCAAGAGUCGAGAAAUUACUUGCAACCUAUAAACAACAACGUGGAAAAGAUAAGGACGCACGAGGACAAUAUAAAGUAUCAGCGAUAUUUCAAGAAGCAAGAGGAACUAGUAGAUAUAGAAGACGAUUUGAAAAAGGAGUACAGGAUAAAACAGGAAGACGCGGACGAGCAACCCCAGGAUUGGUCGCCGCAAAGCAAGUGUUAUUUUUGUAUAGACGGCAAACUGGAUAGUGAAAAUAAUACGAGUCAAGGGGCGCUGAGUCCCCGACAGACCGAUUCGGACUCGACCGAUAGUCAUAGCGAUUCUGAGAUACCGCCAACACUAACGCCACCUACCAGAUUAUUGAAUAAUAAUCACAAUAUGACCGCGAUGGCAGCUUUGGCCUCCGCAGUGGCGGCGCUCUCAGGAAACCCCCCCGCAACACCGACGCCACCCCUGUCCUUCUACAAUCCAAAUCUCAUACCUCCGAAUUGGUACCUCGCGAAUAUGACGCGCAAUUAUCAACCGGAAAGGGUGGCGGAAAUAGAGAAGACGACCGGCGAGCAGCCCCUAGAUCUCAGCUCGAAGGGGAUGAGCAGCGCCGGCAGUCCCGUCGAAAUCAAACCCGCGCCGAAUAUGAGGCUACCCACGUUGGACACCAAACAGAUUUUCAAUUCUGAUUUUAGAGCGAAGCCUCGAGUGUCGACGAUUGCAGGAAGGCGAACGUAUACCGAAGACGAACUACAAGCGGCCUUAAGAGAUAUCCAGUCGGGAAAAUUGGGCACGAGACGAGCUGCCGUCAUUUAUGGUAUUCCCCGAUCGACCUUGCGAAAUAAGGUUUAUAAACUCGCGAUGGAAAGAGAGAGGGAAUUGCACAUAAACACGACGGUGCCCUUAAAACUGGAGGAAGAAGAGGUGAUAGACGAGGAAAAGGAGUUAUCGGGCGCCGAAGAGGAGAAGGAGGUGGAAAAAGCCUUACAAGCACCUUUAUUAUCGAUGGCCGACAUUUUGAGGUUUUCUAAUUUAGAUAAUCAAGAAGCGUUAAAAACUCUUUUGCAAAGGGGUAAAGAGGGUUCGGACUCUUGGACGGGUUUAGAUCAUAGUGCGAUGGGACCUUAUAUACAGAACUUGUUAUUAACCUCCGGUGUUAACUUUCAAAGUCAAAAGCCUACCGAAAAAGACGCGUUGUUAUCAGAGUGCAUCAAGAGAUUAUCAUCCGAUGAUAGGUAUAAAAAUAACGGCGAGGCAAGGACGAGUCCAAGCUCGGUGGUUACGAAAGUGGAGAAGUGUAGGUCGGAAUCGUCCGACAUGGAAACGGACGAAUCGCCCUCAAAUGUGAUACUUAAAAUUCCGUCCUUCAAACCGACUACCAGUAAAAAUGGGAACGACUUCUACAGAUCUGACUCUGUGCCGAUCGUUUCGCCGCCUGUAACUAGUGAAUCGGGAUCUCCACCGAUCUUGCCCGGUAAAGGAAUGACGUUAAAAGACGUUAAGGACGUAAUAGCAAAAAGUAUUAGUCAAAAAUUCCAACAAACUCCCGAACCAAUUCGAAUGCCGCCCAUAAUGGAGAUGGAUUACAAGCGAACAGGUUUUACGCCUCCCAUGGUCGGCAUGCCGCAGAUGAAAAAUCAACACGAUCUCCCCAGGCCUUAUCCGCAUCUUCACCAGAAACCUCCCCAAAAUCCAUCGACGUCCGGUACGACGGGCGGAAAAGGUACCCGACCGAAAAGGGGAAAGUAUCGUAAUUAUGAUCGAGAUAGCUUGGUGGAAGCGGUCCGCGCGGUGCAACGAGGGGAAAUGUCCGUGCAUAGGGCGGGAAGCUACUAUGGCGUACCUCAUUCCACCUUAGAAUACAAGGUGAAAGAACGGCAUUUGAUGCGUCCCAGAAAAAGAGACCCGAAACCAAAUCCAGUAGACGAAAAAUUGGCGUCGCUAAAACAAAACGAUUUGCGAAUGGCCGCCGCCGCCGGUGGUGUAGAUAAAAUGAAACCCGUAAUGAAGCCUCCCCAACCUAAAUUCCCACCAACCUCCCCAAACGGAAUGAAAUUGCCCAUGUUCGAUCCGAGCAUGGCUCCAUUAGGCUACAACCCGCCACCGUUUCCCUUCUGGCCGCACCCAGGCUUUUCUCACAUUCCCUUGGAGUACGGCAGAAGUCCGUCGACGUCGUCAUUUCCGCCGAACCCCGAAUUUUUCACAACGCAAAUGAUACAAAAGAUCCAAGACGACGUGAGAACGCACCCGAACGUACCUCCCUCGCCGGCAGGCUGCCCCCCACCCCUGCCGAAAAAUGCCCGUCACAUUGCGGAAUCGCUUCUCGACGGCACGGGAUCGAACGGCUCAUUUCUGGACGGCAUCAUCCGAUCGAGUCUGGAGUCGGGCGUUCCCGGUAGUGACGACAAGGCGAUCAAAGACGACAAGAGCCUAACGCCGGAGAACAUGUCGAACAAAGCGCUUUUGGAUCAACUUUGCCGCAACAGUCGCCUUACGCCCCUCCCGAAACCGAACGUGUCCGAAUCGAACAGUUCGGGCGACGAAAACUACCGCAGAACGAUCAGCCCCGCGAAUUUCAGCGUAAAGGAGGAGACCGGCGAGAGUUCUCCGAAACGAUACGACGCCGACCUUCACACGAUAGAGCUCUCGAACGACUCUAUGGACUCGGUCGAGCGAAACUGUAACGAAGAGGACUCGAUUCCUCCCGCUAGAAUAUACUUAAAGCAAGAUUUAGUUAACCCCGACAAUUUGAAGCCGGAGAUGCUAGUGCGUUUUCGAGACGUUUUAGACGUUGAACGGAACGGGGAUUCGACGAUAGGAAGUGCCUCAGAAUCGGACGUGGCUCAAGACUGACAUCUACCUAAUGUAAGUGCGAGAUAUUUGUACUGAAAAGUGAGUACUCGAUUGUAAUUGUUGUUGAAGCGUUUCCAUAGUGUUUGGAAGCAUUUGGUUGUUGUAAGAAAAACGAGGUCGAUGACGGUAUUUGUUGAUUUAGUCGUUGUUUCUCAAUUGUUUUUUGUUGGUUAGCGUCAGAGUUCGACUGGGUCAAGCCUUGCGAGUCGCAGAGCGAGUACCUAACCCAGUUCAACUCUGGUUAGCGUAGCGCGCGACUUUAACUAAGUGUUUCGGUAGCAUCAAAGCAGAUCCUCACCUAAACCGAUGAGCAAUGAGUGUUUCGGACUCUAAAAGGUGUUAAAAAAAAAUUUGUCAUAAUUCUAUGUUUGCUGUUCAGUGUUUUGGCAUAUACCAAACUGUAGUAGUCAGUGUUGUAUUUUGUAUGUGUCUUCAACGUUGCGUAUACCUCAAAAUCUGUAUAAAAUCUGUAUAAUAAUAAUAAUAUUCACUCGUACUUCAUACAGACUGCUUUGAUGUGGAUAUAUCGAAAACCCUCGGGAUUGUCCCAGAAUUGAAAAAUUAUCUAUCUGUGAUUUAUUCAAAAUUUUUGAUGUAUAUUUUCUCUAAAAAUAUCUUAAAAUAUUAUAAUAUAAAUUUUAAACAAUUAGAGGUAGGUAACUAAAUAUUAAAAUAGGUUCGGUGGGAAUUUAUCAUGUCCGAAGCUCAAUUCGUUUAUCGACAUGUUGAACUACCACCUUAGUUUUUGUUUUCAUAUGACAAUGAAGUGCAAUUAGAUGGUAUAUACAUACAUAUAUAUUUACAUCAACUUUAAGUAGUACAUAUAAGAUAAAUAUAUUAUUAUAUAUUUGAAAAGGAAGUUAUUUUGUUCGAGAGAGAAAAGAUUGAUCAGGUAUAGUUAAGCGCUUCAUCCCUUCAACAACCGUCAGAACGCAACUCAAACCACAACCAAACCGAUACCGACAGUUUUCUCGGCGAGGUGCCAACUUUUAGUUUUUCUCGUAAAAAUUAAAAAUUGCGCCGUAAAGCCGAUUCUUAUCAAACCCAACCAGAUUUAAACAGUAACGCAUAUUUCAGUUGGACCAAAAUAUAACAGUAUAUUGUAAAUAAUGUAUGUUUGAAACAUAUCUCGUUUAAGCAUGUGCUAGCUUUCGGAUCGUUGCGAAGUUAGUCGAAUUACUAGAGAAACGGUGGCGGUUGAAAGUAGCGCAUGCUUAAAACUAAACAUUCCAACCAAGUAUGUGCCAGAUUUUUUAUUCGCAUUCGCAACAAUUAGGAAACUGAAUUAUAGAAAAAAAAAAAAUACAGAGUCGUGAUCUCGGGCCCAAGCUUGGAUCAUUGGAUUGCUUUAAACUUACUGUAAUAUAUACAGUAGCGAAGCUCUGAGCUUCCUAAAUUUUAAGUAGCUUUAAGAUUUUUAACACUGUAUUUUUAAAUGUUUGUGUGUAACACUUUUGCGCUUGCCAGUUUGCAACGUCUACAAUUUUGACGAAUUUAUAUAACUUAUACAUAUAAAAUUGACGUUUUGGCUUAACUAUAAGAUGUAGUGCGUGAAGCCUAAAUUAUUUACUCGACGAAUCAAAAUUGAUCCAAACUUGCAACAAUGCGAGUGUACCACGAUCGUGCAAUUAUUAAUUAGUGGUUCUAUUAGCGAAGUCAUUAUUAUUUUUCUAAAUGUGAUACUCUGUUGUAAAGACAUCGUUCUCCAAUUUUUAAGUUUUUUUUUUGAGACGUGGUCCAAAACCUUCAAAGUAUACGUGUUAUUUUUAUUACUUGCAAUGUACGUAAUUAUCUCUCUACAAAUGAUUGCUUCAUAUCUUUAAUGAGGACCAUUUAAUUAGUUGCGUUGAUGUAAUUUGCACUUUUUGUCGAAACUCGUAAAAAAUGUACAAAAACAUUGAUUGCAUUUAUCGGUUGAUACGCGCCGCGCCACUAAACUUCCAAUUUUUAUUUUCCUUGCACUAGUGACGCAAAAAUAUGCUUGUAUACUUUCAGUUUGUUGCGAAAAUUUGUAUCUGGCAACAAGUAAAUUAUUCGACCCUUUCUGUACACAAAUUCGAACCAUUCCUUUUCGAGACAGUAUUUCCAUUAACACGAAACCACAACGGACCAGGGUCUUAAAAUCUUUGUUUUUUUUUUAAUAUAUUAAGUUUAUCAUUCCACAUUUUACGAGACUUUUACAAGACUUCUAGUUGCUAUUAUUCCUAAAUAUUUUUUUACACACAUAAUUUUACUGGUUUUUAUAUAUUGUUUAAUCAUACGUAUUUGUUAAUUAAUUUUAGUUUUUAAUUUAUAGAGCAGAUUUUACUUAAGUUGCUUUAGUUACAAAAACCUCCCCCUUGUACAUAGUUCGUCCCCUCCUCUAUUUUAGCGCACCUUGUCGUGUGCCUGCUGAAAGAAACAUUGAACCUCCAAGCCACACUUGUUUUAUUAGUUGUUUUAUAAUGACUUUUUUUGUGUUACGAGCUACAAUAUCGAACAAUAGUUAAAAUAAUCGACAAUUACCCACAUUAAACGCAUUUGUGAAGAGCUGGUUUCAUGUUUUUUUUUUGUUCGUUACAUAGAGGUGAUUUAUAGGCAUUUUGUAAGUGGGUGUUCUGUUUUUACUAUAUUUGUAAGUACUAGGUGUUUUUAUACGUAGUUAGUUAUUACUCGCAGAGAAAGUACACCCACCGCGUGUUAUAUUAAAGUAGUUAUCGCCUUCAUUUUUUUUUUAAUUCACGGUUCACUUGUACACUUUUCCAUUUACAUUAAGCGUAACGUAUGUAGAAAGGUAUUUAUAAAUAAUAAUCCAUACGACACUUACAGUACAACUGGGGUAUAUCCACUAUUUAUAGGUUUUUUUUUGUAAAGUUGCACACUAACAGGUGACGGCACUUACUAACUUAGUGUAAGGAAUAGGACGUAACAGUACGUAGCAAACGUAAGGUUCAAAGCUCUUCACAAAUGAGGUAGCAGACAGGUUCAAACAUGGGUUAUCAAUGGCAUAUUUCAAAAUAGGUACCUCGAAGCGUUUUCAUUGCACUUCUAUUUGCUUUAAAAAACCGAUAGUUUUAGUUAUAGUGCCUAAGUGAAACUGUUAUCAAUUUUUAAAGUUUAUUUUUACAAAUUACAUUCGCCCCCACGUAAACAACCCGCCGCUUUGCUUACGCGGGGAUUUGCCACAAUCUCGGGAUGAAAUCGUAGCUGUUUGUAUAAAGAAAAGCGCCAAAUUAAGAAGAAAAAAAAUUUCCUAAUUUAGACGAGUAAAAAUUAGCUCUACACACCAAAAAAGUGUCUUCUUGUUUUUACAUGUGAUUGGAAAAUUAUAAAAAGUGAAUAGACUGAAAAAUCAAAAGACUUGGAUUUAAAUCUUUUUUAAAAAUUUCAAAAUAUGCCGCUAUAACCUAUUUCAACAGCCACUUUGUUAAAUUUACUGGGACCAAAUAAAUUCAUAUCCGACAAAGUAUCAAAAAACCCGAUAUCACAUUUUUCGUUUUCGUUGUAUCGUACCAACCGCUGAAAGCGGUUGUAAAUUUUUCUUUUUCGAAUUGUUCCAUUUUUGACAAUAUGUUAGAGUUAACUUGUUUGUGACACGUGAACCGUCGACAAACGGUUAACGUGCGAAAUUUAUCACGUGUUAAUAUGAAAUGUGACUACAAUUGCCUUUUAGCAUUUAAAAUAUAUCAUCGGUUGUAUUUUGAUAUGUGAAGGAAUAAGGCUGGUAAAAGUGUGUAGACGCGUUAAGCGAAAAAAAUAAAAUAAAAAAUUGCGUGUGUCGUGUGUGACUUUUGGAGUUCGAUUUUGCCUAUUUAAAAUGUAACGAAAAA